AUGGCUCGUCGUCCAGCUAGAUGUUACAGAUACCAAAAGAACAAGCCUUACCCAAAGUCCAGAUACAACAGAGCUGUUCCAGACUCUAAGAUCCGUAUCUACGACUUGGGUAGAAAGAAGGCCUCCGUCGAUGACUUCCCAUUGUGUAUCCACUUGGUUUCCAACGAGUUGGAGCAACUUUCCUCCGAGGCUUUGGAGGCUGCUCGUAUCUGUGCCAACAAGUACAUCACCAAGAUCUCUGGUCGUGACGCUUUCCACUUGAGAGUCCGUGUCCACCCAUUCCACGUUUUGAGAAUCAACAAGAUGUUGUCCUGUGCCGGUGCCGAUAGAUUGCAACAAGGCAUGAGAGGUGCUUGGGGUAAGCCACACGGUCUUGCUGCCCGUGUUGACAUUGGCCAGAUCAUCUUCUCUGUCAGAACCAAGGACGCCAACAAGGAGGUUGCCAUCGAGGGUUUGAGAAGAGCUAGAUACAAAUUCCCAGGUCAACAGAAGAUCAUCAUCUCCAAGAAGUGGGGUUUCACCAACUUGGACAGAGCUGAGUACGUCAGAAGAAAAGAGCUCGGUGAGGUCAAGGACGAUGGUGCCUUUGUCAAGUUCUUGUCCAAGAAGGGUCCAUUGGAGGAGAACUUGAGACAGUUCCCAAACUACCAGUUCCAAGCUUAA